UUGUAGUCUGUCAGUUUUUAGAUAACUGAUCGCUUUUAGAGUGAGGUCUGUGCGUACUGACAGGAAAGAGGCAAUUUAAAGGGACCGGACCGAAAGGAACUAUAAAAACAAAGUGGGAAUUGAGAAUGCGAGAGAGAAAAAACAGCAAACGAUUGUUCAAGAGGUUGUUCCCACAGCCCCAUGGGAGGGCAGUUCACAGGACCCUGUUCUUCUGGACGCGGUGACUUCUUGCCAGGCACCAGGAAAGCUCUCAGCAGCGGGAAUGGGGAAAGCGCUCCGUAGCUGUGGAUAAAGCCCGCUUUGGCAUUUUUACCUGUCAGGACAUGGCUACUGCAUCUGCAAUGUGGCCAAGGGUGGAGUGAGGACAGCACACUGGCCAUGGUUUGUGGGCACGGCCCCAGGUGCCGCAGGCUCUGUCGCCCUCGCCCCUUCCUCCUGGCCCUGGUGGUGGCCGUCUGCCUGUUCUGCCAGACCCUGACUCCCCUCAUGACCAACAGCUUCCUUUCAGCAGUUGUUAAUGGGAUCUCCCCGAACAAACAGAGUAAAACACAGCAAGGAAGAUACAAGGAGGUUGCAGCCAGCGACACACGCUGCUUCUUCCCCAUCAGUGAUUCACACACAUUGAAAAAGAUCGAAGACACUGUUCUCCAGUACUUUGGAAGCCGUAUGAGAAGAGCAGUUCUGUAUGCACCUCCUGCCCACAGCAAAACUGAGCAUCAGCUCUGUCAGCGCAUCCUGGCAAAGCAUGGAUAUUCAGUCACAGUCCUUGAAAACAGGAGAUUGGUGGAAGACCUGAGACAUGGGGCCCCUUAUCACAGUAGCAUAAGCCCUUGGGAUCUUCUGGUCUGCUUAUCUUCCACAAAAGGUGAUGAUACUAGCUGCAUUCAGAGAGAUGACUUGAAUCAACUGGAGUUAUUCCAGAAGGUAAACCUACUUCCAGAAAUUCAGUAUUUCCUUUGCAGUAAAGAAGGAUUGUGCCAGAUAACAAAAGCCUUUUCAGACAUGCAGCUCUCAAUUGCCACCCCAGAGUGUUCCGGUUGGCACGGGCAGUCAGGGGACAACACUGCAAGCAAUAUCACCCACGGCGACAAAAACAAUGUCAAGAAACACAUUGCCCAUCUGCAGUACUUAUGGAGCCAAACCAAUGGAGCACAGCUGAGUCAAGUCUCAGCUUCAUCAGACCACAAGGAUAUCCUUAAAGCUCAAGACCUUUCUGUCAUCAUAAAAGCAUACGUGCUAGUUACAUCCUUAACACCUUUGAGGGCUUUUCUUCAUUCAGCUGCUACUGUCUGGCAUCCACCCAAGAAGAAGCACUUUUCUGUAAAGCUGCAAAGGUUUUUUGAGAUGUUCUUCAAAGGCAGUUAUCCCCAGCAAGCCUUUAAUAACGUGAAAGAAGCUAUAAGCAAACUUCUACUCAUAACUGAGGUCCUCAGUGAAUCAUCUGCCUCAGGACCAGGCUCUUUCAACCAAUGCAGCCAAUGUUUUCAAAUGCUAACCUUUGACAUUGGGUUCAGCACCUCCAUACACCCCAUAGUUCUUCAGGUGCAUAAAAAUUUUGACUUUCAAGAUGAGGAGAAAUCAAAUCUUCAGGACCAAAUUUUCAAAGAAGCUAUUUUUGAAGACACUUUUAGGCUUCUAUUGUCUAAUAAGUCCUCAAGUUCCAGUUUCAUAAAAGCUUUACAAAACAUAUAUGGAUCAACUGUGAACAAGGAUGGAAUCUUCAUCAAAGAAGAUGGACAAUGUUUGUCUUUAGAGGAGAUAAAUUCAAUGAUGACAUUUGUUAAAGAGGUGAAGAAUCUUGGACAAUUUGAGCUGCUUUACCCUUCUGCUGCACCCAAGAUCCAAACCUUCCUGCGUGACCUUUAUCACAUGGUAGACCCAAUGAGACAACUUGGUUCAGUCCUGACGGUACAUUGGUUGCUUACCAGCUUGCUUGAACAAUUCCAGUUCAUGACCAAAAAGACACUUACAGAUCUUUCAGAAUGGAGAAGGAAGAAGAGCUCGAUAAACUCAUCUCCAACUGCAAUGAAAUGGUUACAGCCCAGGAAUUCUUCUCAAGAAAAUGUGAUUCCAAAGCAGAACUUUCAUUUUCGCUUGUGGAAGAAUCAUGAAGCAUUGCAUUAUGCCAGUAAGACUAAAGAAAUUCAGUGCAGUUAUGAUAAAGAUACCCUAUCUCAUAUCAGGCAGAUCUUCACCAGUCCACAGCUGGACUUGAAUCCUCAGUUUAACCCAAAAAUCAAGGAGUACUAUGCAGAAGUCCCAUUUGACGUGGUAACAGUGAAGAUUGGAGCAGAGCCUUCUAACUGUCAGUGCCAAGUCCACCUUGAUGAGAUGAAAGGACCAAGCAUUGCUAACUACCCACUUGGCCUUGGAUUGAACAAAAUUGUUGUUCUUGUAACAGAUGAUUCGCAGCCCAGUCCUCAGGUUGUGAGCAGCUAUAAAAUCAAAAUUUAUCGAGAGGACCGCCCUAGUCUGCCUUUGUUUGAUGACUAUAUGAUUUGUGGUUUUGUGCAGGACUGUGGCUCUCAAAUUCACCCAGAGGAGUCCUGUGGCUUGCAGCCUCUGUCUCAUGAGUACCUGUCUGCAAUUUCACAGACUGCACUGAAGACCUGUGAAGCUGGAGAUGCGAAAGGGCAGUGGAUUGUCCCUUGCCUCAGCUGCUCUGACAACAGAACCUGUGACUGGAGAGAAAUAAUGUGGCAGCCCCAUGGCUGCCAAUACUCUGUGCUUGAUAAGCCCGAGCUCCAGCAGUGUGUGGAAGGCAGAAAGAUUCUUUUUAUAGGUGACUCAACCAACAGAGGGAUGAUGUACUAUCUAAUAGAAAGAGUGAAUGAGACUCUUCAGGAAUGGCAAAAGACUCAUGAUGUUAAAUGUUAUGAUAAUAUCAAUGAGGGAAAAACAUUUAUCAGUUACUCCUACUAUCCCCAGUUUUGGAUGUCUGCAAACCAGAGACCAACUUUUGAAAAAGCGCUAGAACAACUGCUGCAGAGAUCACGUCCGCUGGAGAACACAGACCAGACCGUACUAAUUGUAGGUGGCGUUCAGUGGCUUAAUUCCAAUCACCUGCAAAUUAUCCAAAAGGUGUUGAACAGAGAAAAUCUAUCAAAUAUCCUGGUAAUUAUCAAAUCCAUAGGGAUGGGCUUUCACCUCCCAGUGGAUGGAAUACAUUCUUUAUCACAGGCAGAAGUAAAAAACUUGUGGAAUGAAAACUUGGUUAUCUUGGAGACAGCAAAAACAUAUGGCUAUGAAGUUGUUGACACGUUCAUCAUCACAAUGGGACGAUACAAAGAAUUCCUGCGGGGGAAGUGCGGGUGUCAUUUCCAUGAGGUGGUGAAAUACAAUCCUUCUGAAGAAAGUCCACACAUAACAAUGACGUUAUCGAGGCACUAUACACUGGGGAAAUAUUUCAGCAGUCAAAGCAAGCUAUCACAACUGCAGGACUAUGCAUCAAAUUCUCGGUCCCCAUAUCAUGUCCAAGGUCCAAUAAAUCAAGUUUAUUCUGAAAUCCUUCUGAACAGGCUCUGUGCAAGUAAGAGGGGGCUUGUUAGCACGUAGCCUCCCCUGGAUGUAGCACUGGGACUGGAGAUAUGCCACUACGUGAGUGACAUAGAAGGACCACGCUGAGUUUAUGACACGCUUCCUUGAUUGCCUGCACAUGUACCAACAGUUUGAAACAUGGCAUUUUUCCUAACGUGUUAUGAAAUCAAGAUACAACUUUGGAGUUUUGUGGUUUCAAAAUGGAAGGUGGAGGGAUGCAAAGAGAGAGCAGAGGGGAAGUUACUUGAACUGUUGCCAAAUGCUAGAACAGCUGUAGCUCAACCAACUGUUUAUUAAUGAUAGUAAAGAGAGAGAAAUAUAUACACUUGAACGAUUUGGAAAGGACUGCUUUAGCUCUUCCGCACUAUAUAAUUUUCUAUUUAUAGAGACACUGUAAUAUUUGAUAGUAUUUGGAGACUGGUUACAUUCCAUUUGAAAGAGUUUUAUUUUAUGUGGACGGGAUCCCCUUCAGUAUCAACCCUUUUCUAUUUAGACGUUUGGUUUAUAGAAUUUGAAAGUGCCUUUUUGAACUUCAGUGUUUUUCCUGGAAACACUUCCCUUCUUUGUAUGUUAAAUGCAACAAAUGUCUAUUCUAUUUUUUGCAUUUUCUAAAGUUAAUAUAGAAAUAGAUUUCUUAGAAUUGAGACUGAUUGUAAUUGUCUCAAGGUAACAUGUAAAUUCAGUGAAUAUGUUAACAGACUUAUUUAAGGUCACAGUUUAGAUGAAUGGCCAUGUGCAGGAAGGCUGUGCUUCAUCACUUCCCAUUGCAGAAGGCAGGCCACAUCAUAACGCAGAAAGGCUGCACCAUCCUCAUCAGCUCUGUGGCUGUAGUUAACUCUGACCAGAUGAACAUAACAGAUAUUUUUAAAAAACAUCUGAUAAAUCCAGGACAUGAUAUGUUUUGGCACAACAACAAAUGUCUUAAGAGGAAGCAGUAUUGUUUUCGUAUGAAUUAAAAGUGUGAAGAUCACUUGAAAAGUAAAAAAAAAAAAAAAAAAAUCAAGUACACACUAGAAAUUUAUAUAUAAUUCUCCACUUGCUUCCACUCUCUUUGGAAGAGGAAGCUACAAGCAAUGUCAGUGAAGAUACAAAUUAUAUCACAAAACUAAUUGCUAUCUUCCUGGCCUUUGUAGCAAAGAGGGGCUGCCAUAUGUAGAAAUAAGACUAGAAAUUAAUGACACCACAUUUAGAGUUCACCAACAAGAUCCUUAAACACAGUCUGUAUUCCUAGCUACAGUAUUGUGAAUUCUUACUCCUUCGGAUAUGUUAAGUCAUGCAAUGUGGAGUCCUGUUUUCUUAGGUAGUCAGAAGAGUCUCAGAAAGAGGAUUUGGUACCCUCUAAUCUAGAAGACCUCCUGCUACGUUAACAAAGCUUCUAGUUUAGGCAAUGACAUUAUCAUUAGUGAGACAGAGUGAAUAUAUAUAUAUAUGUUUUUUUCUAUAAUAUGCUGCUGCUAUGCUUACAGUAAAUGUCCCUGAAUUUCUACGUAAGGCUUUUCAUGAAAUAGAGCGUUAUAGGAAAGACAGGGUCAGGAGCUGUACAUAAAUACUGCAGAUGUCAGUAUUUGGUUUUGAGCAAUGUGAUUGUCUAAGGAAUAUAAUUGUAUGCAAAUGCCAUAAGAUAGUAAACUUGGGUUUGGAACUCUGCACAAGCAAAAAAACUGCACAAGCUUUAAGUCAAGAGCUUUUAUAUUAUGCCAUUAGUAUCAGUUGAUGCAAAAGGCAGCCAGAUAUAAUUGUCAUUGAACUCAUCAGUGACAGGAGUAGUACAAUUCUGCUUCUGUUAAGAUUUUCUUUGCUCAUUCAAAUCCACAUGCUGUGGCUGCUAUUGUUAUGUACACAAAUGUUUUUAAGGCAUAACCUGUGUUUAUGUGUUUGUGGUUUGUUUUUGAUCAAAGACUAUGGCUGAAGCAUCAGCUUCAGUGAGAAAAAGAGCUGACUUUGUUAUACUGUAGCUGAUAUUGGCAAAUGUGCAAUUCAUCAUUUCCAGUUUCACCACAAAAUGGUUUACAUGUGCUGUACACACAGAUGUCUUAAUGUCUUCCAAAUCUUAAUAUUUUUCAAAUGUAGCAAAUUGGAAUUCUUCUAUAUGUUUGCUGUUUUUUAUCUAUCUGUGUAGGUAUUUACGUGUGUACAAAUUUAUUGUUACAAUUUGCAAAAAAUGUUUAUUUAAACGAGUUGUUUGAAUGUAUUUUUUUAUCACUGCAUAUGAGCCAUGUAAUGUUAGGAAUAAACAAAGGGAACACAGGUGCCAAAGUAGAUUUUUCACUAUUUCACACAAAAUAUAUAUCUAUUAUCUAAAGGUACAUGAAAGAAGAGAUUUGAGAUUGACAUGGAGGCACUGCUUGUUCAUACACAUCAAAAUGAAGACUAGGACAAUAAAAGGAUUACUCUGUCUGAAUUCCAGGGAGAGCACAUGUGCUGCUAUUAUUGUUUUGCUCUGGAAUUAUCUUGUCUGCUACGAUAUUUUGCCAGAAUAAGCAUUAGAAUAUUUCGACUGUACUCACUGGCUCAUAAUAUAGUUCUUUCCCCCAUAUAUUUGCCUUAGUCAAGUUAUGCACCAUUAAAAUGGCAAAAAAAAAAAAAAAAAAAUCAUUUUAAGGUGAGUUCCUCUUAGUACAGACAUGAAUAGUCCUAAAACCGAUGGAAAGAUUGGCACAAUUAACCUAAUCAACCUGGGGAAAAAGUGCACUGAGAAGUGGUGUUUCCUGCUCAACUUCUGACCAGCAACAUGUCGAGCUUAGAGUAGAAUCAGGAUAUACUUUAAACUACAGGUGAGGGCACUAAAACUGUGCUGUAAAAAAAAUAAAUGCCCUGAAAUACAAUGCAAUAAUUUCAGUCAUAAUUGCAUUCCUUUGAACUUAAGUUGAAAAAUGAUGUAUCAUCAUUCAGAGAGUUACUCACUGUCUUUCACAUAAGUACAAAUUUUGCAGUUAUUUGAGUUUUAGCCUUCUAGGGUAGAGAGCCACCAAAACCAAGUUCAUCUAAAUGAGUAUCUUUGGAAUAGCUGUCUGUAAUAAAAAAAGAUUUCCCUAUUUGUAGGGAAAUGCCUUGGCAAGUCAGCUCUGCCAUUGAAAUGUUGUAUUUCAACUAGCUUUAUUUGACAAGGAGUUGAAAGAAUGAUCUACAAAUAGUGUUUUUACACUUAAUAUUCAUUUGACAAUGUUAUUCUUUAGAAUAAUCUUUUUCACAACAUUAAAUGUAGGCCUUCUACUUUACUUUUCUGUGACAUAUUAAAGGCACAUCAAAGACAAUUUAUUUGCUUAGCGGGUGGAGUCGUGGGGCAUCCAAUUACCUCAAGGUUGAAAUAACCACUAAUAGUUAUGCUUCUGUUGCUAUGCUGAGCCAAAGAGAAUGCUUUGAAGAAGCAGAUAUGUAUGAUAUUAAGUUGACUGCAGUCCAGGGAUCUUUCAGAUUACUUUUUUUGGAAUAAAGCAAUUUUUUAGAGGUGCAGUGAGCUAUUUGGCAUAGAAUCAAGCUCCUAAACAAGCCCCUGUAGUCUCAGAUGAAAAAUAUAGUUUGCCUGUUAGCUCUGCAUCUGGCUUGUCUUACCUCAUUGUUUUGACUGUAUGUACCUGCUGUAUUCCACUUCAUCCUUUCUUUCUGAUGACACGAGAAGUUCCUCUUUCACCUUAGAGAGCUCAGCUUUUGGAAACCUGAGAGAAGAUUGUUGCAAAUACAGGGCGAUUCUUCAAAAUA